AGUCAAGGUGUCUGGAAAGCUUCUGCCUGGAUUGGAAGAGAGUGGCAGUGUUGGGAGUGCCCAGGCAGUUAUCCAGCCUUCCAGGGCCAGAGCUUGUGCAGAAACCAUUUCCAGGCACAAUACAGGUCCUCACUGACCUGCCCUCACUGCCUAAAGCAAAGCAACACAUUUGAUCCCUUUCUGUGCAUCUCCUUGCCCAUCCCCUUACGGCAGACCAGACCUCUGAAUGUCACUCUCGUCUUCCAGUCCAAGAGCCAACGAUUUGUGCGUGUGGGCCUGGCUGUGCCUCUCUUCAGUACUGUGGCAAAGUUGAGGGAAAUGGUGGCAGAGGAAGGCAAGAUUUCAUCUGAGCAGGUAAUCCUGGCUGAGCUAGGCCGGUCAGGAUUCCGGUGUUCCUUCUCAGAUGAUGAGGAUCUGAAUACCAUUGCAGAGGGUGACAACAUUUAUGCUUUCCAGGCUCCGCUGUCCUUUAGCAGGGCCAGCUCUUCCCACCUCUCAGGUUGUCCCCAGAGCCUCCCAUCCUCUCCCAAUGUUUCUGACCCAGAAGGACAGCGUUUAGUCCAUAAUGGGACCAUUUCUUCAGAGUACUUGCAUCAUGGUGGAGGUGGCCGAAUCCUCCUCCUUAUCUGUAAUGUUGCUGGUGCAGGGCAACAGGCAGUGAGGUUUGGCCCUCCAUUGCUGAUGCGGGAGGACAGAGUCAUGUCAUGGGAUCAACUGCAGCAGUGCAUCCUGUCUAAAAUGCGAUAUCUGAUGAGAAGGGAGGCCCAAGUGCAGGCUACUGGGAAUCUAUUCCAGGUUCGUGUAGUUGGUGGCUCUACUCUGAACAGUUACCUCUCUCCUCAGGACAGUUGGCCUCUCUACCAUCCAGCCAUGGACAGAGCGCUACAGUUUGGUGGCCCUGGUGGCCCUGCUCAUGUGAAGUUGGUAAUUGAAUGGGAUGUGAACACCAAAGAAAGCUUGUUUGGGAACAUCCAAGAAGAAGUGGUUCAGGAUGCAGAAAGUGUGAAACUGAAGCAACAGCUCCAUCUGCAGCAACAUAGCUGCACCCUGGAUGAAUGCUUCCAGCUGUACACCAAGGAGGAACAGCUGGCCCCCGAUGAUGCCUGGCGCUGUCCCCACUGCCAGGUACUUCAGCAGGGUAUGGUCAAGCUCAGCCUGUGGACUCUACCUGACAUCCUCAUCAUUCACCUGAAGCGCUUUCGGCAGGUGGGAGAGCAGCGCCACAAGCUCUCCACGCUUGUGCGCUUCCCCCUGUGUGGGCUUGAUAUGGCUCCCCAUGUGGCCAAGCGCAGCCGUGGCAGCAAGUGGGGCCCCUGGAAACACCCUACACCAGAAAGCAGCCAGUGCAACUUCCUCUAUGACCUCUAUGCCGUCUGCAACCACCAUGGGAGCAUGCAGGGUGGGCAUUACACAGCAUACUGCCGCAACGCCUUGGAUGGUAACUGGUACAGCUAUGAUGACAGCACCGUAGAAGCCGUCUUGGAAGAUGAAAUCAGCACGCGGGGUGCCUACAUCCUCUUUUAUCAGAGACGCAGUGUGGUUCCAAGCUGGUCUGGAGAAAGUUCUGUCAGAGGUUCCACCAGCAGCUCCAUUUCUGAACACUGGCUGGCACGGCUUGGUGGAAGCAACAAGCGAGAGAGCCAAGUGUCCCGGAACUCUGUGACAUGCCCAUCCCUGCCAAAAAUGCCAGACUCACCUACUGCCACCAAUAUCAGCAGCAACCAGGAGAAAGGUGGCUUUGAGUCACGCCCUCUGGUGCGUGGUGUACAAGGCAGGAGUCUCAGCCUGAAAGCUUCCCCCAGUAAAGCUAAGCUGGGAGUUCCCAAGCCCGUGCCCUUGCGCUGGUCUUUCAACUCCAAAGAGUGGCCAACAGAACCUUCUGGGGAGCUUGUAGAAUACCUGGAGUCUGGCCGCAGGCCUCGGUUCACAAAUGAGUCCAUUGUCCCUCUUAUGACCAAAGAAGGGGAGGACAUCCUAGAUUCUUCGCUCAGCAAAGCCAAACAAAAUCAUGUGCUGACAGGCCUGGGGAAGAAUGAGAACCACGGAAAACCAUCCAUGAUGGUGGAAAACCCAAGCAGCCUAAAGAGAUCAGGAAAGCCAAAGGAGGAUGUAGGUGAGCAGCCACGGACACCCAAGAAACUGGUGCUUUCUCUCAGCACAGUACCUCCAAUAAAAGAUGAAGAACCUAAGACUAAGGCUAAUAUCAAUGGGACUGCCUACACUGGUACAAACCUUCCCCUCUCUGGCUAUCAACCCAAGGGUAGGGUUAUCCCUGACCCAAAGGAGCUGGAGAGUGAGAAACACUCAGAGGGAAAACUGGCCGUUUUCAGAGCUGGCUUUCUGCGGAGAGACCCCAAGCGGCACAGUGAGUCUGACAGGCAUAGGGUCAUGACACCAGUCAUGGCCUCCUCCCGAGCAUCCCUCUCUAAUGGGACUUUGACUUCUGUCACUGGCACUAGGGCAAACAGUGCUUUGUGUCGCAGCUCCACAGACGGUUUGCCCAAUGGGCGGAUCUGCCGUUCUGAACUAGACAUCAAGCGUGCUCAGAGCUCCUGCAGCAGCAAGGGAAGGAAUGACUGGUGGCUGAGCAGGUCAACCACCCUCUGCAAGGCAAACAACAGCAUCUCCUUGCAGGGUUCUACACCACCACUAACUCUAGAUGGGAUCUCUUGUGGCACUUUCCAGCGGGCCAGGUAUCACACAGCAUCCCUGGGUAGGAGAAUCCCCGUGCCAGAAUCCAGCUUCUGAACUAGUCCGAUGUUCCAUCUGGAUAUACCAAAAUAGUGGCAGUCCUUGGUGCUUGUAAGACCUUGAGGCCUUUGGAUAAGAACUAUUGAUUGCUUGAAAGCAUGGUCGGUGCUUGCUUCCUAAGGGAUUUUCUUUCAGCCAGGCUUUAUCCAUCCCAAGGGUGCUCAAUAACACCAUUGCCUUGUCUGGGAUUGGAAAUACAACAGGGAUUUGUGGACAUGGGUUCAGAAAAGGAUCGAUAUAAAAAAAUGUCAGGAGAGUGCUAGAAUUAAAGUAUUUAUUCUAUACAGUGACAUAGUUUAAUUGAUAAUAAUGAGAGGCUGUGUUGUUUUGUGACAGCGGUUAUUUUGGUACCAAGUUGUGGGGAGAAGAAGAAGAGGGGAGAAUCUCAUUGCUCUCUAUGCAAUAAUCCCAAUUUUUCUAUUUUCUGCAAACCUUUAGGUUUUACAGAUCUAUUUGUUAUUAAAAUUGUCUCAAAUGA